AUUCACACGCGCUGAUUUGACAGGGAUCACUCGACUUCCGGUCGAGGAGCAACCACAAGACUUCCCUGCGGCAGCGGAGCGGAGAAACACAACAACAAAGCCAUGGGAGAGAUGUCCGGCUUCGAGAACAGGCUGCAGUCGUACUCUUCCACACAGCUGCGCGAGCUGCUGGACGACGACGACGACAAGCUCCGGGGGAUGGUGCGGGAGAUGGAGGAGAUGCAGGACAUGCAGCAGAAUAAAGAGCUGACGAUCGCCAGCAACCGCAGCCUGGCCGAGCAGAACCUGAGCCUGCAGCCUGAGCUGGACCACCAGAAGAUCCAGCUGACCAAACGCUACUGCUGUUUACAAGAUCUCCACGAGUCCUACCAGCUCCGCAGGUCCACUCUAGGUAACAGUUCACUAGACACAUUGUUGGCUCUUUUGCAAACCGAGGGAGCCAAGAUCGAAGAAGAAACAGAAAACAUGGCCGAUUCAUUCUUGGAUGGAUCCUUGCCUCUGGACAGCUUCAUUGAUGACUACCAGAGCAAGAGGAAGCUGGCACAUCUGAGGCGUGUAAAGAUCGAUAAGCUACAGGAGAUGGUGCUGAAGGGUGUUCAUCUUCCUCAGGGUUCCUCUACUGAUCCUUCGCAACCUCAGGAGACCCAUAUCUCCAGCGCACCUUUCCAAAGGCUAGCUAACGGUUCUCCAGCUCACGUAAGACCAGCACCAACAUCUCAACCAUCAGCAAUGCCUUACAACCCUCAGAGCAUCGGUGCUCCUCUGCCAAACAUGGUGCCAUCCUAUUCAUGUCCAUACCCGCAAGCACUCCCCCAAGGGCCCGGCGCUGGUCUUCCCCCGCGGGCAGGUUUUAUAAUGCAAUGAUGUUCUUCUGCCUGAACCUUUCCGCUAGAAUGUGAAAUGUCAUUUUCCUCCCUUUUUCUUUAGACGCACUUUGAUCGUAAACAGGUUUGGGUUUCUGCAGGUCCACAAAGAAUCUGUGCCCACAGAAUUCAGAAGUUCAGCAGAUUUCAGCUCAUUCUGUGCCACUUGUAUGCAUUGUAUCUUGGUAUGAAUAUUUUUUUUUUCAUAUGUUCAAUACAGAAAAUGAAGAAAGGUCUACAGAUUUCUUGCGGACCUGUCAGUUGGUUAACGAUGAAUUAAUUUCAGUUUGUUUGCGUAACCUAAAAUGCUGUAAGAUGCAUUAAGAUUAUGUUUCAGAAUCAAUCGUUUUAACCAGAAAAGUAAUGUAAAUGACUUCUAAACAAUAGGGGGAUUGCGUUUAUGUAAAUAUCCUAAUUUAACAGAAAUGUUAAAGAGGUUCUUAUGCACACGUAAGACGACUUUACUGUGUACUUUUAUAUUUAGUGUGGAAACCUUCCUAUUGUCACUGUAACAACAGACAAUACUGGCAUUUUGGACUUCUGGUUAAAAACUGACCAAAGAUGCACUCCAACUGUUCCGUGAGCGCUCCUUUAAGUGGUUUUGAAUAUAGCGGCUUUGUUGGACUUCAAUUUGAUUUCAUUUAAACGUGAAAUGAAAUGUGGCAUUAACAGACCAGCCUGACAGUAAGUCUACCGUAGAAAGACUUUCUUAGUGUUAGUAAACAGUUUAAUUAUCCUAAACUGAAUCAAACUAUCCUUAAACAGCUACAAUAUUAAGCAUAAUAUAAAUAUUAUAUUAUUCAGAUAAUUAGAACACUGUUUACAACCUUACAGAUAUGUAAAGCGAUCUAUUUUGGGACUGUAUUUCUGAUGACAUCUGUCUUCGCAGAGAAGUGCAGGUACUUUGAUGUAAAAACUGUCAUGCUGGGUUGUGACAAAUCUUGUGCACGUUUUAUAUGAAGGACGUUAUUAUGCAAGUCUGUAAAGUUAGAGAGUAAAGUCACUUACUGUAUACUGAUGUAAGUACAGGUUAAAAGAAAUCAAAUGUGCCUUGCAACAGAACAAACAAACAAGUGACGAUUAAUGAAGAAAGCAUUUAAUCACACCGUCGCUGUGCUUUGAUAAAUCUUCGAAGCCAUCUACAACUUUCUGUUUCUGAAGAAAAUUUAUGGUGCAGAAUCCUUCUGAACUGUUUUAUUUGUAGUGUGGUGACCUGUAACACUCCUUAUGUAAAGUACUGUACAUUGUAGCUGUUUGAUUAGUGGCUAUCGGUGACUAGAUUUUUUUUAAUGCUGAUUAAUAAACGCCUAAAAGACUA